GCAGCCUGAUGACGUCACAUACGUUGAGUUUAUUUGAAUCUUUAAGAAGAAGUGACGUUUUUCAGUAAAGUUGGAGUUUGUAGGUUAAUUAAUGGAUCAUUUUAAAAUCAAACUAAACAAAUGUGAACCGGUCAUUUCCCCGUUGUAAUGAUUCAUUUAUUUUAAUUGACUGUUGACUGCUGCUUUUAAUUUGAAAUCCCCUCACAGGAAGUAUCCGCUAGCGUGUUAGCCGUUAGCUCUCCGAUCACAGAUCGGUGUUUUUCAGAGUUGAAUAAAGUUUGGGUGAAUAUGUCUGUGGAUCUGGAUCAGACUCCGCGGUCUCUGCUGAUCUCUGAGCGCUCCAGUUUCCUGGAUGAGAAGAGCCGGAUCAGUUCCCAGGUGGAGCAGCAGCACUUCAACUACAAGGUGUCUGUGCUCCUGCCUGAGUGUGGCCCCACCCCCUCUCACCUGGACUCAGUGUUAAACAGUUUCAGCAGUUUCUACCUGAUCAGGCAGCUGCCCAUCUAUGAACUGCUGGAUAAACACUUCCUGGAGACCGCCGUGUACCAAGGUAGUGUGUACGGUUUGUCGUACAGGACCAGGGUUGAUGAAGAAAACUGUGUUGCUCUGAUGCCAAAUGGUCGUCUGUGCCUCUCUCUAGACAAAGACUCCUUCCAGGUGUUGGGAGUUGAGGGGAAACCGUCCAGAUUCAAUCACAGAGCGAACAGCAGAUACGUAGUAUCUGUGGAUCUGACUGACAGCAGCAUGGCUCCCGGUGGGCGGGGUUACCUGAGGCUACUCACAGGUCUGAGGUCACGACUUCACCUGAAGACCGACUUCGUGCUGUCGCAUCAUCCAGGGGGCGGAGCCUCUCUGCAGUCCCUCCUGUCUCGUCACGAUUGGUCAGAGCACAGACCUGAGAUCAGCCACCAUGCUCUGACGAAUCUGUCCUGCCCUGCCCUGCCAACCUCUGACCUGCAGUCAUGUGACCCUCACAGCUUCCUGGAAUGGCUGGGAGCCAUGGACGCUGAUGUCAGCUGUGAGAACUCGUCCAGCAGCUUCCUGUCCUCACUGGUUUGUCCUGAACCAAAGACGACACUGAGUCGAGCUCUGAGUGUCUCCGUCUGCGGACUGCUGCUUCCACAGGACAUCCACCGACUCAUCCAGGAGCUCAGGUGUUACCUGGAGCAGCCUCGGCUGGAGUCCUGGGCAUCUCUGACGGUUCACGGCUUCGUUGACAGUCCGGUGUCGUGGGGCGGCGGUGAGCACGGAGUCCUGAGAGGAGGAGAGAACCUCUACACCCUGUUGAUGUUCCACGACCACACCUACCACCUACACCUGGCCACAGGCGCACACGACACCUGUCCACCAUGAUGUCAUCAGCAGCCGUCUGUACAGUUUUCAUUUGUACCUGGAUCAGGUUUUGUUGUAGAAACCUGGUUCAGGUCAGUUCUGAUUAAAACGUCUCAAAUUAAAAACCUGAGUUGAAUUAAAGUAAAUUUUUUUUUUUUUUUAACUGAAGAGAUUUGAUUCAAAUAAAAACAUUAGAAAUUGA